AUGGACUCCGUAAAGUCCUUCAAGGGCUACAGCAAAGUCGACGAGCUCGAAGAGCAGGCCUUCAAACGCAAGACCCGGAAGCGUCUCAUCAUCCUCUCAGUCUCCACGGUGGUUCUGUUGGCAGUGAUCAUCGGCGUUGUCGCGGGAGUGAUCAUGCACAAGCGGAACAACUCGUCGUCUUCUGUACCCAACUCGGACCCCGGCCCCGAAUUGACUCCGGCGGCGUCGCUGAAGGCGGUUUGCGGCAUGACCCAGUACCCGAGUUCGUGUUUCUUGAGCAUCUCCGCGCUCGAGACAUCGAACAGCACCGACCCGGAAGUGAUUUUCAAGCUUUCUCUGCAGGUCGCCAUUCACGCCGCCGCGAAGCUUCCCGGGCUGCCUGCGAAAAUCGGCCGGAACAUCUUCCAAACACCCGAGACCUCCUGCAUUCACCACCCUGUGAAUUUCCAAUCAAAUCCAAGAGCUCUGCCCCCUUUUUCUGCAACAAAAGAACAUGAAGUCAGUAAGAGAGGUUAA